AUGGAAAAGUACUCUCAUUUUCGCGACAAGGCCACGGGUAUUGGGCCAUUUUUUGCAAACCCACUUGGUGCCAAACUUACCACGGAUGGAAUUUCACCUGCAUCUCUAGUAGAACUUGUUGUUGCUGCAGUCUCUGCAAUCAUCCGGACCCCACUCGUGGCCAUUUUGUUUGCAGUCGUCGCUGUCGUGCCAGCCUCACCCGCAGCUCUAUACACAGGCAUUGUGCGCCCGCUUUUGAAGUUGCUAGUGUUUCUCUUAGGUAUUUCAAGUUGGGAUAUUCAAGCAGAAGGAACCAAGAAAAAAGACGCAAUCAAGUACUUGCCAGGUCCUGGAUCGAUCAUUAUCACCAAUUACGUUUCUCCCUUGGAUGCACUUGUCUACGAAACAAUAUUUAAUUCCAUCUUUGUCAUUCCCGUAGCCACUGCCGAUACUAAAUCUGUUGUCUACAAUAAAGUCUCGCUUGUCAGCGCCAUUUUGGCAGCCCUAAGCUUGCCCACCAUUUUGUCGAAGCCAAAUUCUUCUUCUUCUUCAAAGUCCCUCGAAGAGUACAGUCGUGAGGCCAAGGGCUCAGGGAAAGUUGUUGUUGUGUUUGCUGAAGGUACAUCUUCCAACGGGAAAAGUCUUUUGCCGCUUCUUUUGACGGAGCCUGAACCUUCUACUGCUGAAAGUUCGACUGCUGGUGCAACUUAUCCGACAGCCAUUAAGUACGGCCGCUCAUCAAUUGCCACGCCUACGCCAACCUCAGCUGCCGCAUGGCUGUGGCGCGCUCUGUAUGCGUUCCAAUAUGGGUUUGUGCGCGUUCGAUUUGGCGUGCCUCUUGAUGCCGGUCGUCAAUACGGAACUGCAAGCGCAUCUGGUUCAUCUACACCAUCAUCAGCUACUGUAUCUGGGCUGCGUGAAAACUAUGCCCAAAUAACGCCAUCAUCGGUGGUCAAUGACGGGUUGUCUUACAAGAGCCUUGUGUCGAGCGGCAUCUGCCGUGCGGGUAGAUUGAAAGAAGUUGGAUUAGGAAUUCCUUCUAAGCUGGAGUAUGUGGAAACACAGAAGAAGACAUUGAAGAAAAAGACCAAGUAA